AUGGAAGAUAAUAAAUUUUCUAGUCCCCAACAAUCAGGGAUGAGAAAGUCUAGUGCAACUGCCUUUCCUCAUCACAAUAAGUUACAAUUAUCCAGAGAGGAUUCCAUUCCAAAGAUUAUUAUCCCAGAACAUCAUAAAAAAGAAUUUAAAGAACAAACAACAACUCGUACUACUGCCUCUGCUGGUGAUGAUGAACAACAAAAAAAGAUUGAUGAAGAAGAUGAAAAGAAGAGAGCAAUCUUGUGGGCAUGUCUAGCAGCAUACAUUCCAGAUGACAAGACAACUCUUCAAAGAGAAUUUGUAAAGCACAUAGAGUACACUCUUGCUCAGACUAGAAACGAGAAUUCAGAGUUUUCAUCCUUUCAAUCGUUGGCCUACUGCACAAGAGAUAGAUUGAUCGAACGAUGGAAAGACACUAGAUUAUUCUUUCAACAACAACAAGUAAAGCAAGUAAACUAUCUCUCUCUUGAAUUUUUACUUGGCAGAUCUCUACAAAACUCUCUACUCUCUCUUGGAUUGGUAGGAAAAUAUGCUGAUGCUCUCAUGGAACUUGGAAUUGAAAUGGAAGAUUUAUAUGAAGAGGAAAGAGAUGCAGGAUUGGGUAAUGGUGGUCUUGGACGUUUGGCUGCAUGCUUUAUGGAUUCCCUGGCUACUAUGAAUUACCCAGCUCAAGGAUAUGGUAUAAGAUACAAUUAUGGAAUGUUUUAUCAAAAAAUUAUUGAAGGACAACAAGUUGAAUUACCAGAUUAUUGGUUAAAUUAUGGAUCACCUUGGCAAGUAGAACGUUUGGACUUGUCAUAUACGGUUGGAUUCUAUGGUACCGUCAAGGAAUCAUCUUCUGAUCCCAAGUCUAAAGCGAUGGAGUGGGAACCUAGUGAAAGUGUUAUGGCCAUUGCCUAUGACCAUCCAGUCCCAGGUUACAACACGUUCAACACCAUCAACAUUCGUCUAUGGAGUUCAAAGCCAUCUGAUGAAUUUGAUCUUGCAAGCUUCAAUCAAGGAAACUAUCUUGGUUCAAUUGAAGACAAGGUCCGUUCAGAGAAUAUUACCAAUGUUCUUUAUCCCAAUGACAAUACCAUGCAAGGAAAGGAACUUAGACUUAAACAACAAUACUUUUUCGUCAGUGCCACCCUUCAAGAUAUCAUCAAUCAAUUCAAAGGAACCAAACUCCCAUUUAAAGAAUUUCCAUCGUUCCACGCCAUUCAAUUAAACGACACUCAUCCAACACUAGGUAUCCCAGAACUAAUGAGACUUUUAAUUGAUGUCGAGAAACUUUCAUGGGAUGAAGCUUGGGAUAUCACCACUAGAACCUUUUCCUACACCAAUCACACUGUUCUUCCAGAGGCACUCGAAAGAUGGAGCGUACCACUUGUCCAAUAUCUCAUUCCAAGACACAUUCGUAUCAUCUUUGAUAUCAAUGACCAAUUCAUGAAACUUGUUGAAAAGAAAUGGCCUGGUGAUAAUGAAAAGAAGAGAAUCUUAUCCAUUAUUGAUGAAUCUGAUGUUAAACAUAUAAGAAUGGCACAUUUAGCAAUUGUUGGAUCACAUAUGAUUAAUGGUGUAGCAAAAUUGCAUACUGAAUUAAUUAAAAAGGAGGUUUUCCCAUUCUUUUAUGAACUAUGGCCAGACAAGUUUGUAAAUAUGACCAAUGGUGUCACUCCAAGAAGAUGGAUCUAUCAGUGCAAUCCACACUUGUCAUCUCUCAUUACCAAGAAGCUCAAUACCAAUAGAUGGGUUGUCAAUCUUGAUAUUAUAGGUGAAUUGAAAAAGUUUGCAGAUGAUUCUGUGUUUCAAAAGGAAUGGAUGGCUAUCAAGAGAGCCAACAAGGUAAGAAUGGCCGAGUAUAUCGAAAAGAGAUGUGGUAUUCGAGUCUCUGCCGAUGCAAUGUUUGAUACCCAGGUCAAGAGAUUCCAUGAAUACAAACGUCAACUAUUAAACAUCCUAGGUGUUAUCAAUAGAUAUCUUGACAUCAAAGAAGGACAAAAGCUCACUCCAAGAGUUAUCAUCUUUGCUGGAAAAGCUGCCCCUGGUUAUUACAUGGCCAAAAAGAUUAUUAAAUUAAUUAAUAAUGUAGCCAAUGUAGUAAACAACGAUCCCAUAGUUGGUGAUAGAUUAAAGAUUGUAUUCAUUCCAAAUUAUUGUGUUUCAAAUGCUGAAAUUAUUAUCCCAAGUUCUGAUUUAUCACAACACAUUUCAACAGCAGGUACAGAGGCCUCUGGUACCAGUAAUAUGAAAUUCUCAAUGAACGGAUCAAUGAUUAUUGGAACAUUGGAUGGAGCAAAUAUUGAAAUCAAAGAAGCGAUUGGAGAAGAAAAUAUGUUUAUAUUUGGUGCCACUGCUGACAAGGUUGAUUCCAUUAGAAAGUCAAUCCAUCAAGGUACUCACACUCCAGACAAGAGAUGGGUUAGAGUUAUUACCGCCAUUGAAGAAGGUCUCUUUGGUCAAGUCGAAGAAUUCCAGUCAAUCUUAGAUUCAAUUACAAAUGGUGUAGAUCACUAUAUCUUAUCCUAUGAUUUUACUUCUUACAUGGAUCUUCAAAAUAAAAUUGACAAGUGCUAUGAAAAUACUAGCCAAUGGGCCAAGAUGUCAAUUCUUGCAUCCGCUGGUUGUGGUAUUUUCUCAAGUGACAGAACCAUCAAACAAUACUCUGAUGUCAUUUGGAAAUUGGAUGCCUGUAGAAGAAAAGGUCCUAUUGAAAUAACAAAUCAAGAGGCAACAUCAUUCUUGACCUCAACAAGUGUUGGUGGUAGUUCGGGAAGCUUUAACAACUCUACUCUUGUAGGUGGUGCUCCUGGAUCUUUGGGAAACACAGAGGUUAAUCAAAUUUCAAUUGAAAGACUCUCUCCCUUGACUGUCAUUAAACAACCUCAAUCAGGUGGUGGUAAUGUAGGAAGUAUCACUGGAACUAGUCCACUUGUUGUCAUCAACAAAAAUGAUGCAAAGAAUGCUCCAAAACCUGCCAUGACUACUCAUGGUUUUGAUAAUCAUCACAAAAGAAAUAUGAGUGAUCACGACGAAAAGAAAAGAAAGAAUGUAGAUUCUGAAUCAACAACAACAACAACAACAUCAACAUCAACCAAACAAGUAGAUAGUAAAGAAAAGAAGAGAUCAAAAUCAUCAAAAGGUACUAGUACGAUCGAUCUUACUAUUCCAAAAUGCCCUCUUUGCGAAAAUGAAAACACAACACUCUAUUCAACCUCUUUCAAGAAGCAUUUCUAUUCAUGUUCACAAUGUACAUUGGUAUUUGUACAUCCAAACUAUCAUGUAACUCAAGACAAGGAAAAAUAUAGAUAUGUGAUGCACAACAACAGUCCAAACGAUCAAAGAUAUUGUGACUUUUUGACUCCCGCUGUACUCAAUAUCGUUGAUUUGUACAAUAUUCCAAGAUUAGAAAAACAUAAUAAUAAUAAGGAAAAUAAUGAAAAUAAUAAUAAUAAUAAUAAUAAUAAUAAUAAUAAUAAUAAUAAUAAUAAUAACAUUGUCAACUCUACAACAACAAUUGAAACCUCAACAAUUUCUAACAACAACAACAACACAUCUUCUUCCUCUUCAUCUGACACUAGUAGUAAUUUAUUAGGAUUAGAUUAUGGAUGUGGUCCUGGUGCAGCUUUGUAUUUACUUUUCCAACAGUAUAAUAUUAAAGUUGAAAACUAUGACCCAUACUUUCUACCCAAUUCAUCAGUACAAUCAGUUAUCGAUUUGUUGGACAAGAAGCCACAAGAAAAUAGUAGUCCUACUACUACUGAAAGUAAAUUUGAUUUUUUAACAUGUACAGAGGCAAUAGAACACUUUAGAACACCAAAAGAUGAUCUAGAGAUCAUUUUUUCAAAGAAUAUGGUAAAGGAUGGUGGAUGGGUAUUGUUUAUGACACAGUUGCUUACAAAUGACUCAAUGUUUUCCAAUUGGUUUUACCCUCGCGAUGUAACCCAUGUUUGUUUCUAUAGACCAUCUACAUUUGAAUGGAUCGGAAAAAAGUAUAAUUGUAAAAUAACAACAGUUCAUGUAUCACAAAAUAUUGCAAUCUUUAAGGUUAACCAUAGCAAUGAACCCACUAUAUAA